UCUCUUGUCAGUGCACAAAACAGCGCAUGCGUCUUACUUUGCUCCUCAGUCUGAAACUCGGGGGUUGAGUUCAAUUAGGAGAGACCAUGUCCGCCAUCAGCCAUUUGCACUCCUAUAUCUUCUCAUUUAGAACAAAUUCUCGAUGAAAUAGCGGUUGCACGCGGCCUCAAGAAUGGCCACGUCGGGUGCUGUUCAGGUGAAACUAGAACUCGGACAUCGUGCCCAGGUCAGAAAGAAACCCACCGUUGAAGGCUUUACGCACGACUGGAUGGUGUUUGUCCGAGGACCAGAGCACAGCAACAUUCAGCACUUUGUGGAAAAAGUCGUUUUUCACCUGCACGAAAGCUUCCCAAGACCAAAACGAGUGUGUAAGGAUCCACCCUAUAAAGUGGAGGAGUCUGGAUACGCAGGCUUCAUCUUGCCCAUUGAAGUUUACUUCAGAAAUAAGAUGUCCCACUGCUCUUCUCAGGAAGAACCUAAGAAAGUGCGCUUCGACUACGACCUGUUCCUACACCUGGACGGCCACCCGCCUGUCAAUCACCUGCGCUGCGAGAAGCUCACCUUCAACAACCCCACGGAGGAGUUCCGCAGGAAGCUGCUCAAAGCCGGCGGGCAACGGGAUCCUAGCAAAAGAAGUUUGGAAGACUCUAAAGUGAUGGUAAUGCAGGAGGGCUCCACAUCUCUAUUCGGCCAGCAUCUCAAGCUGCCUACACUCCCCAGCAGCUCCCUGACAUUGACAUUGUCUGAUGCUAAGAAGAGCAAGGUCUUCCCGGGGUCAAAGGUCAGUGGCGGUCUCCAGGACAGUUCCAAAGGAACUGGUGCCCUCCUCACCACCACCACCACCACCACUACUAAUAGUAGCAGCUCAUCCAAGCUACACAAACCCUCAAAGGACCACAAAGACAAGCCUUCAAAAGAGACCAAAAGUGCCUUCCGAGACUGUGGCAGGGAACCCAGCAAAGCCUCCAAAGAUUUCUCCAAGAAACCCAAAGAGAACCAGCCUCUUCUUCGUGACAACCCCCCCAUCCCCAAGAUGGGCUUCAAGGAGCCCAAGACCAUGUCCAAGGAGCACCGGCAGGAUGGGAGCUACUUGCACGGGGCCGGGUCUGGGGCGGGGACUAACAAGCGACUGUCUGUCACUGACUGCGAGGACCACGUGACCAAAAAGAAAAAGAAAAACUUAGCGGAAUUGUCGUUAAAACCGACAGGGGGCUCGUCCCUGUCGCACGCCCAGUCCCACCACUCGGAUAAGAAACUGCUGAAGGACAAAUCCCAGGUGCACCCCGCUAAACUGCGGGUGGACGGCCGCGAGGUGCUAGGGGAGCGCAGAAAGGCGUUUCCGGAGCUGAUGGACGCCAACUACUCUGACAUGGAGGACAAUAUGUCCACCAAAGCAGUGUCGGAGCAGCCCAGUCCGGCCAGCUCCAGUUCCAGCUCCAGCUCAGGCUUUGCAGCCAGCCACAAACGGCAAGUGGCCGAGUUCGUCCGCAGGAAGGUAGGGGCCGUCCCUGGCACAGCCCACACAGUGUUAGGUCCCCUUCGUUCGAUAAUCCAUGACCUGCAGUCGGAAGACAAUGAGGAUGACUCGGAGGACGACGACGACAUGGACUCUGACCUGGAGCGUCCGGUGCACACGCACAUGACACACCGCCAUCGCCGGGUCAGCUUGAGUGACGGCAGUGAGAGCGAGAACAGCUCAGCCCCCUCUCCCCACUCUCGACACGAGCCCCCGCCUUUACUAAAGACCAGUAAUAACCAGAUACUGGAGGUGAAGCAAACGAAGCAGGAUAAGAAUAAAAACAUUGACUGUGACAAGGCUUACCUGGAUGAGCUGGUGGAGCUACACAGACGACUGAUGACACUGAGAGAGAGGCACAUACUACAACAGAUUGUGAACCUCAUCGAGGAGACUGGACACUUCCACAUCACAAACACAACUUUUGACUUUGACCUCUGUUCCCUGGACAAAAUCACGGUACGGAAGCUCCAGAGUUACCUGGAAACGUCUGGGACGUCAUGAGGUCUGGAAGCAGCAAGCUGCCACGGUGAAGAACUUUGGAUUCUUCCUCUUAUUUGUUUUUUUUACUUGAACUUUCUCUGCGUUGCAAAAAAGACUACCGACCGGCCCCUGCCCUGGGUCCUUGUGCCUGGCGGUUAUGGUCGCGCCACUCUACUCGUUGGAACCUGGCUCUCCACACGACCAGGGUAGCCCGCGAGCGACACAGACCUGAACGGCGUGUCGGAUCACCCUUGAGAUGAGUCCUGUCGACCAGGAAUAUCACCCAGAAAGCCUUGAAAGAAUUCCACAGUUAACAAAACAAACCAGAGGAAAGAAACGGAGACCUUGCUCUUAAAAGGAAUGUGCAUAUUAUUAUCAUGUAUGUGUGUCGAAUUUUUUGUUCUUUGUGAUGAAUGAUGCAUGUUCAACACUGCCUUACCACAUUUGUCAGUCUUUAUUUAUUGAGUUUGAGUUUCAGGUGUGCGUGUUAAUAGUAGCAACACAGAAUUAGUCUUGUGCAAGCACUUCACAAUAUGCAUCUCUCUGGCUCUGGAAGGAUGGUGGAGCAACGUUGAGAUUUCAAUUAUCUCAUGUGACGGAUCAGUCAAUCGUCCCUCUCUCUCUAUGAGGAAUUCUGCCUUCUCAAACGAUAUGUUAUCAGUGCCCAAUUGUACAAGCUGAGACCAAUCGUGGACUCACAAUUGUAUUAAUUGCAUCAAUUUAUAUUCCAUUCUUGGUACCUAAACUUGAAUUGAUUUAGGAUGAUGACUAGGCAAAUUUCAGAAGUGUGCUGCAUGUUGUUUUUACAAGCUCUCGCUUGUAUUCCGCAGCUCUUGCUGUCCACAAGUUAAAACCAAGUGUGUGUGUGUGUGUGUGUGUGUGUGUGUGUGUGUGUGUGUGUUUGACCAAUCUAUUGUCAGCAGGCCUGUGCUAAAAAUGAACCAUUUUGAAUCCUGGAAUUUUGAUGGAAGAAAUGUACUCAGACAUUGAAUCUUAUUUAUUUCACGGGGUCCUUGGUUGCCAAAUCAAAGUUGCGCAUUAGAAUUGAGAAAAAAUAGAACUGAGAAAACGACAUGUUUUUGUUCACGUUGUUCUGGAGGACAUUUUCCUUUUGCUAAUCUGAGGAAUUCAUGUUGAUUUGGUUUAGUCUGCCGAGCGACGCCUCAAUGGGAAUACCAGUGGUCGUAGCUACUCACUGGGCCACACAAAGGCAGUAUGUUGUGUUUUGCUUGACCCAUGUCUGCCUUAAGUUCUUGUGUAUUCUUAGGACAUACAAUAAAAUGUGUAUUUUGUACAGAUGAGGACAUGUGCAACCUGUGGUGAAAGCAGUUAUUGGCACGGUGUGAUUUUUAAAUUUGUCUUUUUGUAUGUUGUUGCAAAGUCCUGUUGAUUAACUCGCAUUUUGUCCCUAAUUUCUCCAGUUUAAUUUCUAAGCCCAAAGAUGUUUGUUUUGGUUGGGAUGUCAUGAUGUAGUCUUUAUUUGCAUAUAAACUGUAUAUGUGAUAACAA